CUGAUGUGGGAGCACAUGGGGGAGGGGCGAGUCCUGUUCUCACCCGGGUCCUCCACCCCCCCGAGCCCCGCCCCAUCUGCUGCGCUACGUGCGCACGGCCCCGCCCCGGGCUCUCAGCCGCUCCCACUUCCCGACACCGAGCUCCUAAAGCGCCAGCACCGCCCUGACCCCACCCAACCCGCGGGUGUGGACCGGGCUCGCUCGGCCACAAAGGGCAGCAUGGCGCGCGGGGCGGCUCUGGGGCUGCUGGUCCUCGGGCUGCUGGGAGCCUUUGCACACGGACAGGACCUUGAUCUGGCCGACGCCCUGAGUGACAAUCAACCCAAGAAGCCGGUUCCGACCCCAAAGAAGUCAGCGGGGGGCGACGACUUCGACCUGGGAGACGCUUUAGACAACGGUCCUCCAGAGACUCCGCCCAAACGGAACCAGCACCCGGCGCAGCCCGGAAACACGGGUGACUUGUCUGACCAGGACCUGCUGGACGGGAGCUCAGGAGGAAAAGGUGGGUUCAUCCGUGUGCUCGGUGCUCGGUUCGUCACGCCUGCCCGGCCUGUGCAAGGGCGACACGGGGUGGUCCACGGCCACAAAGCACGGUCACAGCUGUGUGCACACAUAUGUGGUUGUCGAGUGGCCGUGUUCAUGGAGGUGAGUGCCGUCGGAGGGCCUGUCGCCUGUCACAAAGCACAUGCAGCGGGAUAGCGUGUCCACCGCGUGUC